AUGUCCUCAUCGGACGAAUUCCCUGUCCCCUUAGAAGACAUUCGGGUGGUUUCGAAGUCCCCCUCGCAGGUCGGCGCAGGGCUGUUGGCUUUGGGGCCUGCCGUCGCGCAUGCAGGAUGGGUAGGCAUUCCCAUCAUCGUGCUCUGUGCGUGCUGCGCAGCACACACAUCCUACCUUUUCGGCUGGAUCAUGCUCCAGACCCAGGCAGCUGUUGCCAGCAGCGGCUCAUUGUCUGGCUACGAUCAUGACAGUGACGAGGAGUCCUCGAGCAGUGAAGGCAGCGCCGGCAGUCCCGACGACACGGGCAGCGACAGUGGGGACGAAGAAAUUCUGCAGGAGCAGCCUUUCCCAAGCUAUGAAAACAUUGGCUACCAAGCAAUAGGAACCUUCGGCUAUUUUCUGUCCAUGCUUCUACAGAGCCUCAUGUUAAUCGGCGUUUGUACAAUCUUCCUGGUCCUGAUCGGAGUGAAUGCCGCGCAAGUGGAGCGGAUCUUGGGUAUCGAAGGGCUCUCAAAGCGGAGCGUGAUCCUGGUGGCAGCAGCGUUUGAGCUGAUCCCAUGUGGCUUGGAGAUGUGGGUGGAAGGACUGUAUGAUCAGCAAAUGUCUGUUGGCAUCCUUGUUCGUAGGUAUGGUCGGGAGAAUUUGGGCCCACCUUGUGCCCUCUUCACUUGGGAGGGGAAGUCACAACAAGACGUGGAGAGAUUCAUCAUCGUGAUUUACGUGGCUGUGGCAGCAGCUGGCUUCUCCGUGGGCGGGGUGGCGAUGGCAAGCCGGAAGGUGGACUCGAACGUGCUUGUUGGACUUUCCGGCUGUCCGUCCGACCAGGUGGAGACUGUGAGUUGGAGCCUGCUGCUGGCAUACAGUGCCAUCACACUUCAUGUGCUGCUUGCGUUUCCUGUUCCUUUCCACACGGGGGCGGAGACCCUGGAGGCGAUGCUGGGCACCCGAUCAGGUGCCUUGAAGCCCGGAUUGCGUGGCCUGAUCAUGCGACUGCCGCGCCUCCUGUUUCUGGGCUUGUGCACCGUCCUGGCCUACACCUUGCCUUUUUUUGGUGCCUUGCUGGACGUGGUUGCCGCCAUUGCUGGCCAGGGCACCGUUUUCAUCCUUCCGGUGGUCUUCUCUGUGGCGAUCCAGCGGCAGCAGGGCAUGAGAGUGCCCUGCUACGAGUGGAUUCUCGACUUCCUUUGUUUGCUGGUGGGGACACUUGGGGCAGUCACCGGCCUGUACUACGGGCUGCAAGAGCUGGCAGCCCUUUGCUGA